AGAGCCACGUAUUGCUGGUCCCAGUACUUGUAGUUGGCUUCGAAGGUGUUGUCCUUGUAGGCCUGCGUCACGUGCUUAAGGUUUGGACUCACCUGCCCCCUGCCUUGGUUGGAUCGAUUGGCCACUUUUCCAAAAUCCCCAAAAUGCGCUUAUAAGAACCGGCAGCCAAAGCCAUAACUUAGAAAGGGAAAACCCGCAUUAUUUAACGCAAUUUAAAUUUUCAGGUGUGUUAAAUUGAGCACUUUGACGUCUAGCUGCCAAUUAAUGCAGGUUAAUUUGUUAAGAUUUCGUCUUUCUGGUGGUUUUUUCAGGUUAAGUACGGGCCAUUUUGGACUGACAUGUCUUUCUGACUGCGACAAAGUGACACUGAUCAUAAAAUUCAUAAAACUCUAUCCUUAUCUGCCUGUUUUCGUAAUUAUUUAUAGGACUGGCGGCAGAUUAUUUGGGUAGCUAAAUAAUUAAUUAAUUUAUUAUUAAGAAAGUAAAUCGAACCGAGAUCAAUGUCUACUAUGAUGACCAUGGCGAGCCGGAGAGUACCGCGUGUAGUGAUUAGGACUUUAAACAAGUAUUUGGACAAGAAUCUUCCAGAGGUAGCAGCGCAACAAACCCUAAACUAUGGGGCUAGAGCGCUUUGCACAUACAAAUCCAGAUCUGGCAAUGACAUCCUGGCAAGUACACCCAAAUCAAUUUGCUGCCCAACAGAUCGGUAUUUCAGGACUUCCAGUCUCCUGAUGCAGGAAACAGUCAAAUGCCCUGCUUUUCCUGAGUCUGUUACCGAAGGAGACAUCAGAAUCGAGAAGAAGGUAGGAGAUGCAGUGGCUGCAGAUGAGGUGAUUGCCGAAAUCGAAACCGACAAGACUGCAAUGCCCGUGCACUCACCAACGCACGGUAUAAUUGAGGAAAUUCUGGUGAAGGAUGGCGACACUGUGAAAGCCGGCCAGCCGCUAUUCAAGCUGAAAGUGACCGGAGAGGCUCCUAAAGGCGCCCCUAAGGAGGAGCCAAAAGCGGCUCCUGCCGCUGCGCCUCCGGCGGCUCCUCCAGCCCCAGCUGCAGCUCCAACCCCGCCACCAGCUGCUGCAGCAGCCCCAGCGCCACCGAAAGCUGCAGCUCCGCCCCCACCUAGGCCUGCAGCCCCAAUGGCUUCAAUUCCAGUGGCGGCAAUUCGGCACGCACAAUCUCUUGAGGCUACAGCUACAGUUAAGCUGCCUCCAGCUGAUCCCACCAAGGAAAUCACUGGCACCAGAACGGAGCAACGCGUGAAGAUGAACAGAAUGAGGUUGAAGAUCGCUCAGAGGCUGAAGGAAGCUCAGAACGUGAACGCAAUGUUGACCACGUUCAACGAAAUCGAUAUGACGAGUAUAAUGGAUUUCCGCAAAACGCAUCAGGAUGGUUUCGUGAAGAAAUAUGGAACAAAGCUGGGUUUUAUGUCGGCUUUCUUGAAGGCCUCGGCUUAUGCUCUGCAAGAUCAGCCUGUGGUCAACGCAGUUAUCGAUGGAAACGAGAUAAUCUACAGAGACUAUGUGGAUAUUUCAGUUGCAGUGGCGACUCCAAAGGGCCUGGUUGUGCCGGUGAUUCGCAACGUCGAAAGCAUGAACUUCGCCGAUAUCGAACUAGCCAUGGCAGCUCUUGGUGAAAAGGCCCGAAAAGGCCAAAUUGCGGUGGAAGAUAUGGAUGGCGGCACUUUUACCAUCUCGAAUGGAGGCGUUUUUGGCUCAGUAAUGGGCACCCCCAUCAUCAACCCGCCGCAGUCUGCUAUUCUAGGAAUGCAUGGCAUUUUCGAUAGGCCAAUUGCUCUUAAGGGACAGGUGGUCAUUCGGCCAAUGAUGUACAUCGCCCUCACAUACGAUCACAGACUGGUUGAUGGGCGUGAGGCCGUUCUUUUCCUUCGCAAGGUGAAAUCCGCUGUUGAAGAUCCGCGCACCAUCUUAGCAGGUCUUUAAGUCGUUAGGAUCAGUUUACAAUAUCACUACUGCUACUGAACAGGUUUUGGAGAUUACGCUUCAGCCUUCAAGUAAAAAUAACCACGUUAUUGUUUUAGAAGUUCUCUUUACAAGAGAUUUUAAUCUUAAUUCGAACUUUCUGUCCUGUUCCCUAAGUCUUAUUUAUUUGUUAAAUAAAUUAUCAUUCUGUU